AUGGCGACGGUUGACGACACAUUCAACCCCGCCGCACUCACGCGAUCAGACACCGUCGCAUCCACAGCCAGCAACGUCAAAGCUCCCCCGGCCCCUGCAGCGAAGCCGAAGGCGAGUCACCCUCGUGUCGACCUCGAACCCCUCUACACCGAGCUGAAGUCAUUAAUUGGCGCGAACUGGGAGGUCUACUUUGAUGCCACCGAGCACGCCCACAACUCCCUCAUCCUCGCAAUCAUAUGCAACACGGGCAAAGACCCUCCUGAGCCCGGUCUCGCAGCCUGGGUCAGCGCAACGACCGACAAAGCCAACCUCGCCUCUGCAGCGAAACCCGCCGUCACCAGCGAUGCAGCAGAACAACGACUCAAGGCUGAGGUCAUGGCCCUGCCUGCGCGCGAGCGACGGCGGCUAAAAGCCGUUGCAGGUGACAAGGCCGAAGAGGAGACAGCCGUCAGAAGAAACCCGUACGAGGAAUACUACAACGCUGGACGGAUCAAAGCGCCCGAACCCGGCGCCGUGGCGGGAGCUGCAGGAGGCUUGACAAAGACGAACUGGGACUUGGAAAUCAGGAAGAGAUAUCUACAGCCUCUGUCCCUGGAGACGCUAGAGUUCCCUGACACUAAUUCGAUACAUGCCCGCAUGGUGCCCAUCUGCUACGAAGAGUCCGUUGCCCAGGGCUGUUCCGUCCAGUGUGCCGAGCUGGUGAACGUGGCCGCCGAGGCGUACCUCAAGGGCGUGCUGAGUGAGGUAUUCAAUCGAACACGUUCGAACGGUCCACGCUACAACCACUCCGCCGGCGAGGGCAUCAUGACGAAAUCGUACAAGAAGAAAGUUGUCUUCGAAGAGGCCGAAUUCGAGGCAGGUAGGCUUCAAAAGACAAGAGACGACAACCUACUGCCCAUCGAAGCUCAAACCGCCUACGCCAGACGACCUAUGGGCAUGCCGGAACUGCAACUCACUGGCCAAGUUGGCCCGCUCCCUUGGAACAGCAAUCCUCUCCUCGGCUUCAGCAUCACCAAUGCUUCGGCCGACUACGACUAUGACCAAUGGCUCAUGGAACGGGGGCCGACAAAAGGGAAAUUGACCAACGGGUACACCCAACCCGUGGAUGAUCCGAUGGAUGCCGAUAACAGCUCGGACAACUAUGGCUGGGAAGGCGUCGGGUCGCACGAUCGGACCGGCCUUCAGUCCGUGCUCGCUGAUUGCCUGGAAGCUGGUGAUGGGAAAGCCAUCAUCAUCGCUGAUCUUUUUACUCGGAUACAAAGCGAAGGCAACUUCGCCCGUGACGUACGGAGGAGGAUUCAGGACGAGGCAAACCUUCAAGCAGGGGACAAGGCCGCGAGCCUCGAUGAAUCUCCGUGGCAAAAUGAAGACAGCUCCAUGAGCCAAGUGCGAGACCAACUGCGGGACCACGGUAGCGACGACGAAACAACCAAGUCAGAACAGCUUGGGGCGGCUGACGUGAAUCCUCCGCAUCGGGAGAGACAUUCGGUAUCACUGGCAGUACCGCACUUGGGGGCCCUUCCUGAAACCGAUUUUGCCAACAUUGAUGACUUCGCCGCCAGCCGCGACAAGCACGCCGAAGACGUCUUCAGGAUGGAUGUCUAA